GUACAAUUCAAUCAAAGGUCAUAAAUAUGAACAGUGCCAUCGGUACUGACAAUAUAAUAAGUAGUGAUCUGACAUAAAAUAAAGGAGAUAUAUAUUUAACAAAAUGAAGUGUUAUUUAUUAGUUAUUUUCUUGACUUCAUUAAUAGAAUCAAAUGUAUACGCAGAAUGUAAGUUUCCCAAGAUUUUGAGAGGACUAUGGUUUUCAAUAGAAAAUGGUCAAAAUACUCUUACAGAUUUUACCGAAACUGAGAUGAUUAGAGCAAAAGAAGAUAAAGUCACUUGCACGCAUAUAAAAAAAGAGCAUAAUGUAGCCUACAAAAUAAUUUUGAAAAAUAAAUCAUGCUACACUUGUAUGAAGGUAUUUGUUAGAACAAUAAAUGUUAUUGAGAAAAUUGAGAGCAGUUGUGUCAAUAUUUCUCCGGCAGAAGUUUCUAUAGAUUCUGUAUGUAAAAAUUUUGAUCAUACAGAGAAGUUAAUCACGCUAUUUUAUGAUCAACACAAUCAUCGUGGUCAUGUAAAUUGCCAAAAUACAUUAGCAGGUGUUUUAAGUUUUACGUACGAAAGGCCAAACGAAUUUUCUGGAAUAUGUAACAGCUCAGAAUCAAUAAUCAAAUCCUGCAAAAAACCAGAUGUACUGUCAUUAAGUUCAAAUGAAAAGUUUGAAAUUAUCUACAAAAAAUGUGUUAAUAUUCCUGAGACCAAUUCCGAAGUCGUCGAAUAUGGUUGCUUGGGAGAUUGGUACGUUGAAAAAAAUCAUUAUUUUGUUAUUUUCAAUACUAAAGAAUCUAGGAAUGGAGAAAAAUAUAGAUGUCUGGUUAGAAACGAUGAGGAUGAAUUUGUCGUAGGAAAAUCGAGAACUGCAGAAUGUAACACAUUAAAAAGUCCGAAGGAGAGUCCAGAAAUUUUAUACAUUAAUAAUGUUAAACUCAAUCCCUCGAAACCUGUGUGUCAUCUUUCCAAGAAUUUUGUUGGAGAAUGGGUCGAUAGUGCAAACGUUGACGCUAAUAUUGUUAUUAAUGAAACACAUAUCAUAGAAUCAAAUAUAAUCGGAGGAAAAUUAACUAAAACUAUUUACAUUUGCAAAGAAUUACGACUUAACACUGCUAUGAUGACCAAACUAUCCACACAAGGGUGCCAAAGUGAAUACACAUGUUUCGAGUUUGAACGUAAAGAUAAAAACUUCAUUCGCUACCGAAAAGGAAAAUCAACAUUCCACUACCAAUUUGAAAGAGCUUGUUCCUACCCUUUUCUAAUUAAUGACAACACUGUAAAAUAUGAUUUUUAUUUCAAGAACAAUCCGAAUCCUACAUCCUGCCCGUUUGUGGGAAAUUUCAAUUUUACACAAAAAGGAGAUGUACCUCUAGAAACCAGAUAUAUUGAAGUUGCUUCUCCAAAUUCUAGCCGUAAUCAAAAUUGUAAAGACAGAUCAGAAAUUUCGGUAUCCGAAACAAAUAGAAAUCAAAUUUUAAUAUUUAAAACUAACUGUUCACAACCAACUUCAAAUGAUUACAAGAAUAAACCAGAUUAUGUGUUUAAGUGUAUAGCAAAUUGGGAAGAAAAUAAAAAAUCAUUUUUAUUAACGUUUGACGAAUUUGAUCCAAUAUAUCAAUAUCGUUGCUGGGUGUAUGAAAAAAUUGAUCAAAACAAUAUUUUGAUAUCCCAAGCUAUGGGAUCUUCCUGUAACGCAUAUCAAACUGCGGCUUCGUGGAAUUAUACAGAAGGAGCAACAGUGGCAUUGAAGUUACAGAGAAACGAACAUAAUAGUACAAGUUCAUUACAUUAAUAUAUUAUUUUAUAAGUACAAAAAUAUUAUAAUGUUGUAUCCAAACAUUCCGUUUCUUAAUCACAUUACAACGUAUUAUAAUGAAAAUUACAAUAAUAAAAUUUGAAAUUAGAAUAA